AUGGCCUAUCCAGGCUCGAACUCUCCAGGGGGGUACGGCGAUGGCCAUCGACUCCAUGACCUCCCAUCUGGCAGCCAAUAUAAUCUUCCCGCCGAACACGAUGCCUCCCAAUCGCUCCUCCACCAAAACCAAGGCCCAUUCAGCGGCCCCUUUGAUGACCCCCAACACCACCACCGCGGUGGCUCUCCUGUCCGACCCCCCUCCAGAUACAGCCUGACAGAAUCCUACGUAACCGACCAUCCCCAAGCUCAAGAUCACUACGGCGGCCACAUGGAAAAUCCCGCCGCUGGCUUUGGUGUUCCCGGUCGGGUUCCGUCCCCCUAUACCCGCAGUGAGACCUCCUCCACGGAGGCCUGGCGUCAGCGACAGGCGCCCGGCAAUCUGCGCCGUUAUGCCACCAGGAAAGUCAAACUGGUCCAAGGCUCCGUUCUCAGUGUCGAUUAUCCCGUUCCCAGUGCUAUUCAGAAUGCCGUGCAGGCUAAAUACCGCAAUGAUCUCGAAGGUGGUAGUGAGGAAUUCACUCAUAUGCGAUACACCGCCGCUACCUGUGAUCCCAACGAGUUCACUCUGCACAACGGGUACAAUCUGCGCCCGGCGAUGUAUAACCGUCAUACCGAACUGCUGAUCGCUAUUACCUAUUACAAUGAAGACAAAAUGCUUACUUCGCGCACCCUGCACGGCGUAAUGCAAAAUAUCCGUGACAUUGUGAACCUCAAGAAGUCCGAAUUCUGGAACAAAGGUGGACCUGCUUGGCAGAAAAUCGUUGUCUGUCUGGUCUUCGAUGGAAUCGACCCUUGCGACAAAGACACCCUCGACGUGCUGGCCACAAUUGGAAUCUACCAGGAUGGCGUGAUGAAAAAAGAUGUCGAUGGAAAGGAAACCAUCGCCCACAUUUUUGAAUAUACAACCCAACUCUCAGUCACCGCAAAUCAGCAACUGAUCCGACCGCACGAUGAUGGCCCAUCGACGCUUCCCCCUGUGCAGAUGAUGUUCUGCUUGAAACAAAAGAACAGUAAGAAAAUCAACUCUCACAGAUGGCUGUUCAAUGCCUUUGGCCGAAUCCUCAACCCGGAAAUCUGCAUCUUGCUCGACGCGGGUACGAAGCCGGGUCAUAAAUCCCUCCUGGCACUGUGGGAAGCCUUCUAUAACGACAAAGAUCUGGGCGGCUCCUGCGGCGAAAUCCACGCUAUGUUGGGCAAAGGCUGGAAAAACCUCAUCAACCCUCUUGUUGCAGCGCAAAACUUCGAAUACAAAAUCAGUAACAUCCUGGACAAACCUCUGGAAUCCUCCUUCGGCUACGUCAGCGUGUUGCCCGGUGCCUUCUCUGCCUACCGCUUCCGUGCAAUCAUGGGCAGACCUCUCGAACAGUACUUCCACGGUGACCAUACACUCUCCAAACAACUCGGUCCCAAGGGUAUCGAGGGCAUGAAUAUUUUCAAGAAGAACAUGUUCUUGGCCGAGGAUCGGAUUCUGUGUUUCGAACUCGUGGCCAAGGCCGGGUCCAAAUGGCAUCUGUCCUACGUCAAGUCGUCCAAGGGCGAGACUGACGUGCCCGAGGGAGCCCCCGAAUUCAUCGGCCAGCGUCGUCGGUGGCUCAACGGCUCGUUCGCAGCUAGUAUCUACUCAUUGAUGCAUUUUGGCCGAAUGUAUAAGAGCGGUCAUAACCUUCUGCGAAUGUUCUUUUUCCAUAUUCAGAUGAUCUACAAUACGUGCACCGUUAUCAUGGCUUGGUUUGCGCUUGCUUCAUACUGGCUCACAACUUCCGUCAUCAUGGACCUCGUCGGAAGCCCUCCCGCUCCAGAAUCUGGCAGCACGCAGAGGGCAUUCCCAUUCGGCAAUACCGCGACUCCGAUUGUCAACACCGUUCUGAAGUACUUGUAUCUGGCCUUCCUGCUCUUGCAGUUUAUUUUGGCUUUGGGUAACCGGCCUAAAGGAUCUAAACACUCGUACAUCACCUCCUUCGUCGUAUUCGGCAUUAUCCAAUUGUACAUCAUCGUCUUAUCCAUGUACCUCGUCGUCCGCGCCUUCAGCGGUGGCACACUCGCCUUCGUAACAGACAAAGGUAUCGGCGAAUUCCUCAAAUCCUUCUUCAGUUCCGAAGGACCAGGAAUCAUCAUCAUCGCCCUCGCCGCCACCUUCGGCCUCUAUUUCGUCGCCUCCUUCAUGUACCUCGACCCCUGGCACAUGUUCACCUCCUUCCCGGCCUACCUCCUGAUCAUGUCCUCGUACAUCAACAUCCUGAUGGUCUACGCCUUCAGCAACUGGCACGAUGUGUCGUGGGGCACAAAGGGUGCGGACAAAGCCGACGCUCUGCCCUCUGCCCAAACGCAAAAGGAAGACGACGGCAAAGCUGCUGUGAUCGAGGAGAUCGACAAGCCGCAGGCGGAUAUCGACAGCCAGUUUGAAAGCACCGUGAAGCGGGCGCUGACGCCGUACGUGGAGCCAAAGGUGAAGGAGGGGAAGUCGCUGGAUGAUUCGUAUAAGAGUUUCCGCACGCGGUUGGUGACGCUGUGGCUGUUCUCGAAUGGCAUUCUUGCCGUGGCCAUUACUAGCGAGGAUGUGAACAAGUUUGGAUUCACUUCCCGAGCAACCAGCCGAACCACGCAUUUCUUCCAGGCUCUCCUGUGGGCGACCGCAGCGCUCUCCCUCAUCCGCUUCACCGGCGCAUGCUGGUUCCUUGGCCGGACGGGAAUUAUGUGCUGCUUCGCGAGAAGAUAG